AGCCGGAGCCCUCAGCCUCCUCUGUGUCUCUGUCCCGGUGUUGCCAUUCCGACGCACAUCCCUCGCAGACGAGCAACAGCUACGCGGAGUUGGCCAAAGUGAACUGCACAGAUUCCUCUGCGGGCAGACGCGACUUCACACCGAGCUCUCCAUCCUCUGCUCGGGGAGGGCAGGAGCCGAGAGAUGCGUCCCUGAACAGAGGUUCGGUGUCGGUAAAGUCAGAUCAAGAGAAUGAGACUGAGAAAGGGCGCAGUGUAGCGCUCCUGUAGCACCGCGUUCACAACUCAGGAAUAACGGGACCUGAUUGACUGCAACGUAAAGAAGCGCUUGGUUAUUCCUGAGGAUUUUUUUUUCUUAUUUGGUAGAAUGGAGCGGUGAGAGCCCUCAUCACAGCUGAAGACAUGAGCAUUGGGAGAAGAACAAAAAGCUCGGCUGCGGCGCUCUGUGUUUGAGUCUCCAUCCAUCCGAGGGGUCCAGUCUACAUACCUUUAUUCAUGUUGCAAAAGCCCGUUUUAUGACAAUGGAUUACUUGCUGUGGGUGUGCAGCCUCAUUGUCCCUGCGGUGCUGGCUGUAGAAGAAACCCUUAUGGACAGUCGGUGGGCAACCACAGAGCUGGCUUGGACCACGUUCCCAGAGAGUGGGUGGGAGGAGGUUAGCGGCUACGACGACUCCAUGAGCCCAAUCAGAACUUACCAGGUGUGUAAUGUUCGACAGCCCAACCAGAACAAUUGGCUCAGGACAGACUUUAUCCCCCGCAAGGGCGUUCUGCGCGUCUACGUGGAGCUCAAGUUCUCUGUCCGUGACUGUGCCAGCAUCCCCAACAUCCCCGGCUCCUGCAAAGAGACUUUUAAUCUGUUUUACUAUGAGUCAGACGGGGACGCAGCUACAGACACCAGCCCUCUGUGGAGGGAGAACCCCUAUGUGAAGGUGGAUACUAUCGCCCCAGAUGAGAGUUUCUCUCUGCUGGAGACGGGCAGGAUCAACACUAAAGUGCGCAGCUUUGGCCCCCUCUCCAAGGCAGGCUUCUACCUGGCAUUCCAGGACCUGGGUGCCUGCAUGUCUCUCAUCUCAGUCAGGGUUUUCUUCAAGAAGUGCUCCACCACUAUCGCAAGUUUCGCUGUCUUCCCCGAGACUGCGACAGGGGCAGAAGCCACCUCCUUAGUGAUCGCUCCGGGGGCCUGUGUGACCAAUGCUAUGGAGGUGUCCGUCCCUCUGAAGCUGUACUGCAACGGAGAUGGCGAGUGGAUGGUUCCCGUGGGCUCGUGCACCUGCGUUGCAGGCUUCGAGCCUUCUGCGGACAGCACUCAGUGCCAGGCUUGCAUCCCUGGGACCUUCAAAUCCAAAUUUGGAGAGGGAUCCUGUGCUGCCUGCCCAUCCAACAGUCGGACCAGUGCACGAGGAGCCAAUAUUUGUCCGUGCCAGAAUGGUUUCUACCGCGCUGACAGCGACCCCCCAGACUCUGGCUGCACCACAAUCCCCUCAGCGCCUCGCAACGUUAUAUCCAGUGUGAAUGAGACCUCGCUGUCCUUGGAGUGGGAGGAGCCUGAGGACACAGGCGGGAGGAGCGACCUCGUCUAUAACGUGGUGUGUAAGAAAUGCCUGCGAGACCGGAGCCCCUGCACACGCUGCGACGACAACGUGGACAUCGCUCCACGCAGGCUGGGGCUGAGGCAGAGGAAGGUGGUGGUGAGGAAUCUCCAGGCUCACACCCGCUAUAGCUUUGAGGUGCAAGCCGUCAACGGGGUUUCUGGGAAAAACCCCAUCUCACCCAACUACUCUACUGUCAACAUCACCACCAAUCAAGCCGCACCUUCAGCAGUGCCCACCGUCCAUCUGAUGCGCUCCACCUCAGACACUCUAAGCCUGUCCUGGCUGCCCCCUGAGAAACCCAACGGGGUCAUCCUCGACUAUGAGAUUAAAUACCAUGAGAGGGGCCACACAAUGUCCCACACUGUAACGGCCCAGCACAGCUCAGCCAAGGUGGAGGGCCUGAGGGCCGCCACGCCUUAUGUGGUGCAGGUCAGAGCUCGCACCGUUGCCGGAUACGGACGCUACAGUAACCCCAUGGACUUCAGCACCAGUCUUCACAGUGACCCUCAGAAGUCAGUGCAGGACCAGCUGCCUCUCAUCAUAGGCUCAGCCUCCGCGGGUCUGGUGGUCAUUGUUGCCUUGGUGGUUAUCGCUGUUGUCUGCCUAAAGAAGCAGCGCAGUGGCUCAGAGCUGGAGUACACUGAGAAACUGCAACAAUACAUUUCUCCUGGAGUCAAAGUGUACAUCGACCCCUUCACCUACGAGGACCCGAACGACGCCGUCCAUGAGUUCGCCAAAGAGAUAGACAUCUCCUGCGUGAAAAUAGAAGAAGUCAUCGGUGCAGGGGAGUUCGGCGAGGUGUGUCGUGGUCGUCUCAAGCAGGCGGGUCGCAGGGAGAUGGUUGUGGCGAUUAAGACGCUGAAAGCCGGCUACACCGAGCGCCAGAGGCGGGACUUCCUUGCCGAAGCCUCAAUCAUGGGCCAGUUCGACCACCCCAACGUGAUCCGGCUUGAGGGUGUCCUGACUCGGAGUUGCCCCGUCCUCAUCAUCACCGAAUUCAUGGAGAACGGAGCGCUCGAUUCCUUCCUCAGGCUGAACGACGGGCGCUUCACGAUGACACAGCUGGUCGGGAUGCUGCGUGGCAUCGCCGCAGGAAUGAAGUACCUGUCAGACAUGAACUAUGUCCACCGAGACCUUGCGGCCCGGAAUAUUCUGGUCAACAGCAACCUGGUCUGCAAGGUCUCCGACUUUGGCCUGUCACGCUUUCUCGACGACACUUCAGCUGACCCCACUUACACAAGCUCUCUGGGAGGGAAGAUUCCCAUCCGUUGGACGGCACCAGAGGCCAUCGCUUUCAGAAAGUUCACCUCUGCUAGUGAUGUGUGGAGUUACGGCAUCGUCAUGUGGGAGGUUGUGUCAUACGGCGAGAGGCCAUACUGGGACAUGAGCAACCAGGACGUGAUGACGGCAGUAGAGCAGGACUACCGGCUGCCCCCGCCCAUGGACUGUCCCAUGGUGCUGCACCAGCUGAUGCUCGAGUGCUGGAUGAAGGAGAGAAACCUGAGGCCCAAGUUCUCCCGCAUUGUCAGCACCCUGGACAAACUGCUCCGCAACGCCGCCAGCCUCAAGGUGGUGACGAGCACCUACUCAGGGGACUUGCUGCGGCUUGGAGGCACACUGCCGGGACACAACAGGAAGAGUCCGGACAGCAGUCAGGAAAUCGUUCGGCAACAGAUGAGCCAAACUCUCCCCAUCAGGGUUUGAGCUGCUGUAAACUGGAGAAUACACAACAAAAUAAAAACUACCUAGAAACUCUGGCAAACAGAGCCUGAUGUAAAAUAAAAAGAAGAAAAUAAAAGAAGGAGACUUCGGCUGCGGAGGGAGAAAGAGGACCGCUUUGGAGAUUUCUUUCCACCUGGAGGUUUAAUGUCCGUUUAAAGAGAACUUACCAUUGCAGUGUGAUUGUGUGUUCAUUACUUGACACUUGUGGAUUUGUGACUAUUGACAUAAAGCCAAACUUCCUGUUGCCCCCUCUCAGGUUGUGUUUGCAUGUCUGCAUGUGUUUUCUUCUGGUUGGGAAUCAGUCGUUCCCUCUCUUCACCCUCAGACUGAGGACCGGAGAGCUCACACAGAUGAUAGGAUUCAGUGUCUAGAUGAUGCAACAGUGCCAAGAUAAAGCAAGCACUUGCUUAAAACGAACUCUUAAAACAGUUCCUAAAACAUCUGUAGACCUUCAGUCCAAUCAGUUAAUCUUUCCGUUUUUUAACCCUUUUCAUCUGCUUCCUCUUAAAUACUGUCUUCCACAUGUGCUGGGAGAAAUACGUGUUACAAAUCUGUACAAAGCAUCCGAGUCUUCUCACCGUCUCUCUGUCACAGGAGAGAUGUAACUGACACUGUGCUGGACACGUCAUGUGCAUGCCAAAGUGGAAACUUCUUCAUGAGAAAAGUACAAACAGGUUCCACAUUAACUGUUGCUUUGGUGGCAUUUUGCUGUAUGGACUUUAACGUCCAUGUUUUUCUUAACCUUAUUUGAUUCAUAUAUGCAUUGUUUUGAAUGCUAAGUUAUUAUCUAUUAUUGCAAAGAGUUGUUUUUUCUGUUGUUUUUUUUUUUUUACAAGUACUGGGGCUUUUUUAUUACAAUGCUUGUUUUUUCACACAUUGACAAACCAGGCAGACAUGAAUGAACGAGUUAAGAAGGAGCAGUUCUGCUGAAAUGGGAUAAUCACCCCUAAAAACUCUGAGGAGACUUUUAUUGCUGCAUUUUAAAAGAGCCCAUAGUCGUGCUGUGUUGUAUAUUUUACUUUGGCAAAUGUGUUGCAGAUCAGUGGGAAUUGAAAAGAUCACUAUCCAGAUGAUAGCAUCCUGACCUUAAUAUUGACCUGACCUACAAACAUUGACAAAUCACUCAUUGGUUCAUUUCUCCUGAUAUUUGUUUUCUUCAGCACGCCAGCCGUCAACGCAGUUCCUAUGUAAAACAACUGCCUGUAUAUAAUACUAUAUUUAUAUUAGACCUGUCGGCUCUGCAGUUACAACUGCUUGAGCUGAUUUUGGCCUCUCUACAACCCUCGUUUAUAUACUUAUUUGUUUAUUGUUCAGGAGCAAACAAAUGGAGAAAUUACAGUGUAAUGGUCAUUACAUAUCUGAAACUGUAUGUCACAAUGAAAGAAGAAAAUGUGUGUCUGUUAGGGCAGACUUUUUCCCUGUGCAAUUAAAGGUGUAUUAGAUUGAAAAAAAUGCCAGAAAACUACAACAAAAAUAAGCAUUUCUCUUUCAGUAUUUUUACGAUAAUCAUAUGCAAAUAAAUUAUUA